UACCCAGACUUACCCUCGCACUACAGACUCAUCUCAGUGCUUGGAGAAGGUGCCUUUUCCACCGUAUACAAGGCUGUCGACACCAAACAGAAUGACUUGACAGUUGCCAUUAAAGUCAUCAACAAGGCUAACCUCUCAGCCAAACAGUACCACAACAUCAAAAACGAAAUACUCAUCAUGAAACGGGCCAGCGCCCAGCCACAUCCCAACAUCAUCAAACUAUUGCAUUCCGUCAACACUCACGACCACUGCUUCCUCGUAUUGGAAUACUGCAACGGCGGUGAGAUCUUCAACAAGAUUAUCGAGUACACCUACUUUUCCGAGCCCUUGUCACGCCAUGUGUUCAAGCAGUUGGUGUCUGCCAUCGACCAUUUGCAUAAGAACGACAUCGUUCAUCGUGACAUCAAGCCAGAGAAUCUACUCUUCCUCAAGAUCCCAUACUUUGCCCGCUCAACUGAAGAGUUCAAGCUGGUUUUGCGUAAAUCAGACGAUGGUUCUAAAGUAGACGAAGGUGAGUUUCAACCCAGUGUAGGCGGGGGCACCAUUGGCAUCAUCAAACUCGCUGAUUUUGGUCUUGCUAAACAGUUGAUGCCUCGCGUAAACUCUUCAACCAACUUGAAGACCCCCUGCGGAACAGCUGGUUACACGGCGCCCGAGGUAAUAACCUGUAAUUCUAGUGAUGGUGGAAAGAAGAAACUCUUCUUCAACAACGCAUCUAAGAAGAAUUACUACUCUAAGUCUGUGGAUAUCUGGUCUUUAGGCUGUUUGCUCUAUACCAUUCUCUGCGGCUUUCCUCCUUUCUACGACGACGACUCCAACCAAUUGACAACCAAGAUUAUCAACGGAGACUUUGUUUUCUUGAAGCCAUGGUGGGACGAAAUCAGCAACGAAGCCAAGGACUUAAUUACCCGGAUGUUGAACACUGAUCCAGAAGAAAGAAUUACCGUAGAAGAAAUCUGGCAACACCCAUGGGUCAGAGUAGAAGAAGAGGAUGUUCCUCAACAUUACUUCGAGGCUGUUGAACAGAAGUACGAGGUUAUGCAUAUCGAAAACAACGAGUCGGACAAGUCUGAUCCAGACCACUUAACCUUUAAGUUACCCAACCAGCCAUUGCAGUCCCCUAGAGCUCAAGCAAUCAGGAAAGUAUUUGACAAUCAUGCUAUCAUGGAAUCGCUUGAACAGGACGAGGAGGACUCUAAAAACAUUCAGUACUUUGCCUAUGACGAAGAAGACGAAGAGGAGGAGCCGGAAUUCAUCGAGAAUGUCCUUCUGAAAGGGGAAAAACACAAGGUUUACCCAAAGUCCCCUAAUCCCAUCUCUCUCAACUUCAAGGAUGUGUUCAGUAUCAAAAAGAGUGCAUUUUCACAUGGUCUUGAGUACAGUGACGAUGAAGAUGACGAUGCUGACGAUGACAACGACGAGGAUUCAGAACUCGAAGACCAGGUUACGAGCUUGAAUCCUACUGAAUUUUCGGGUUUGAAACGUAAAAAAGAUGAGUUUUCUAGUGCCAACUCGUCUUCAGAAAAUGAUCUUGAUUAUCAAACAAGAUCGUCAUCGAUAAUUUCCGGAAUAAACGGAGAGUUCAAAUUCACCCUCAGUUUGAAUGAUUCCAACUUGAUCACUAGAAGAAGAUCCUCCACCAUC